AUGUCUCCCAUGGUGCAGCCUGAGGGCCUCAAGCACAUCUGCCUAUGCAAGCCACCGGAUUCUCACGAAUCACAGCAGCAGCUGCCAGAAACCAGAAACCAGAAUCCAGAAAACAAAAUCAGCAGUCUAUCUUGUGAUCAUACCAAGAACCUAUUCACAAAGGCAUUUACACAGGAUUAUUUUUUGAAGGAAAUAACACAAAAAUUUGCAUGUAUUGAACUUUCACCUCUACAUAGAAACAAAUUCUGGGAAUAUAGAGAUGCCAGUGAAGAGUGUGAUAUAUGUGAUUAUGGAAAUCAUCUGUUUGCAAGAAAAAAUGGUUUCAUUCCUGAAACAGAUCAGGAAGUUCCAGAUACUUCUCCUGAGAGAACUGAGUCCUCAAAUCUUAAGGCUCACUACAGAAUUUCUACUCAAGAGACACCUUACAAAUGUAGUGAAUGUGGCAAAUGCUUUACACAGUCUUCAAGUCUUAAAGUUCAUCAUAGAAUCCAUACUGGCAACAAACCUUACAAAUGUAAUGAAUGUGGAAAAUCUUUUACACAAUCAUCAACUUUUCAUGUUCACCGCAGAAUUCAUACAGGAGACAAACCUUACAAAUGUUAUGAAUGUGGGAAAUCUUUUAACAAGUCCUCAAACCUUAAAGUUCACCACAGAAUCCAUAUUGGAGACAAACCUUACAAAUGUAGUAAAUGUGGCAAAUGUUUUACACAGUCUUCAAAUCUUAAAGCUCACUAUAGAAUCCAUACUAGAGACACACCUUACAAAUGUAAUGAAUGUGGCAAAUGUUUUACUCACUCUUCAUGCCUUAAAGUUCAUCAUAGAUUCCAUACUGGAAACAAACCUUACAAAUGUAAUGAAUGUGGCAAAUGUUUUACUGACUCUUCAAAUCUUAAAGCUCAUCAUAGAAUCCAUACAGGAGACAGACCUUACAAAUGUUAUGAAUGUGGGAAAUCUUUUAAGGAGUCCUCAAAACUUAAAGUUCACCACAGAAUCCAUACUGGAGACAAACCUUACAAAUGUUAUGAAUGUGGGAAAUCUUUUCAGGAGUCCUCAAAACUUAAAGUUCACCACAGAAUCCAUACUGGAGACAAACCUUACAAAUGUAAUGAAUGUGGCAAAUGUUUUACUCACUCUUCAUGUCUUAAAGUUCAUCAUAAAUUCCAUACUGGAAGCAAACCUUACAAAUGCAAUGAAUGUGGCAAAUGUUUUACUCACUCUUCAAAUCUUAAGGCUCAUCAUAGAAUCCAUACAGGAGACAGACCUUACAAAUGUUAUGAAUGUGGGAAAUCUUUUAAGGAGUCCUCAAAACUUAAAGUUCACCACAGAAUCCAUACUGGAGACAAACCUUACAAAUGUUAUGAAUGUGGGAAAUCUUUUAAGGAGUCCUCAAAACUUAAAGUUCACCACAGAAUCCAUACUGGAGACAAACCUUACAAAUGUAAUGAAUGUGGAAAAUGUUUUAAACAGUCCUCACAUCUUCAUGUUCACUAUCGAAUUCAUAUAGGAGACAAAACUUACAAAUGUAAUGAAUGUGGCAAAUGUUUUACACAGUCUUCAGAUCUUAAAGUUCACCAUAGAAUCCAUACUGGAAACAAUCCUUAA